AUGCGGGCUUAUGUCUGCGCCUCCACGAACUCUGAUUCCCGUAUACGCGCCGGCUCAUGCAUCUUUCCGGCACGCGCGCGGCUGAGGAUCCCGACGUGGUGGUGCACAAUGCCGCACGGUUCCUGGCUCCUGCAGACGUGCUCGCCGUCGGCCGCGCUCGCGUCGCUGGCCGUCGUCACGACUAGCCUGCUGAUCCUCGGGUACGCGUCGAGCUCAUUCCUCCUCGGCGCGCCGGCGUACGAGUACGACGACGGCACGGACGUCGUCGUCGAGGCGGCGGCGGCGGCCGUGCCGAAGCGGGGGCCGCGGUACCCUCCGGUGCUGGCUUACUACAUCUCCGGCGGGCACGGGGACAGCGUCCGGAUGACGCGGCUGCUCAAGGCCGUGUAUCACCCGAGGAACCGGUACCUGCUGCACCUGGACGCCGGCGCGGGGGCGUACGAGCGGACGAGGCUGGCGGGGUACGCCCGGUCGGAGCGGGCGUUCCUCGAGUACGGGAACGUGCACGUCGUCGGCAAGGGCGACCCCGUCGACGGCCGCGGCGCGUCCGCCGUCGCCGCGGUACUCCGCGGCGCCGCCGUCCUGCUCCACUGGGACUGGCUCGUCACGCUCGGCGCCUCGGACUACCCACUCGUCACGCCGGACGAUCUCCUCUACGCCUUCUCCUCCGUACCGAGGGGGCUCAACUUCAUCGACCAUAGGGCGGAUUCCGACGGCGCACAGGCAUAGGCCGUCGUUGUCGACCAGAAUCUGCAGCAGAGCACCAACGCCGAGAUCUCGUUCUCGUCGGGGCAACGAGCAAAGCCCGACGCGUUCGAGCUCUUCAAAGGCGCCCCAUGGCCGAUCCUGAGCCGGGACUUCAUCGAGUACUGCGUGCUGGCGCCGGACAACCUCCCGAGGACGCUGCUGCUGUACUUCAGCAACUCCCUGAGCCCCAUGGAGUUCUACUUCCAGACGGUCAUAGCCAACUCCGGCCGGUUCAGGAACAGCACCGUCAACCACAGCCUCCGGCACACGGUGGCGCGGGACGGCGGCGGGUACACGGCGGUGGCGCAAGACGCAGGCCAGCAGCCGCCGUUGCGGUACGACGCGAUCGUCGGCAGUGGUGCGGCCUUCGCCGGGACAUUCAGCGACGACGACGAGGCGCUGCUGCAGAGGGUAGACGAGGAGGUGCUGGGGCGCCCGCUCGACGGCGUCACGCCGGGCGAGUGGUGCGAGGGAGACGGCGAGGAGGCAGCAGGCGAGGAGUGCUCGGUUGGAGGUGACAUUGAUGUGGUCAGGCACGGCGCCAUGGGACGGAGGCUCGCGACCUUGAUGGCUGACAUCGUCGGGGGCCGGACCGUGUGA